AUGGGCUUAUCAUCUAUAUUCAGGAAGGCCAAGCCAGCUAUCCACCUGGAGCAUCGGUCUUCAGAAGAGAAGGCCUUGGUCCGAAGACUAGACAUGUUUCUUCUGACAUUCGGAUGUAUCAGUCAAGUCAUCAAAUACUUGGAUCAACAGAACAUCAACAAUGCAUACGUCUCAGGCAUGGAAGAAGACUUGAACCUCUACGGCAAUGAACUCAACUACUUCACCACAUACUUCAACAUCGCCUACUGUCUCAUGCUCAUUCCCUCACAAGCAAUCAUGACCUACGUAAGACCCAGCUACUGGCUCACUGGUCUAGAAAUCACCUGGGGCGUCAUCACAGGGUUCAUGGCACUGGCAAAGAGCGCAAAACAUGUUUAUGUACUGAGAGUCUUUCUUGGGCUGUGUGAGAGUAGUGCAUGGCCUGGUAUGAUGACUUUGCUUAUGCAUUGGUAUACGCCUAUGGAGCUUGCGAAGAGGAUGGGAUUCUAUCAGUCUUGUCAGACGUUGGGGUACAUGAUGUCUGGUGCGUUACAGGCUGCUAUUAUUGCUACUCUGGAAGGUAAAGGGCUGUCUGGUUGGCGAUGGCUCUUUGUGAUUAAUGCCAUCAUGACUGUGGUCUGGGGUAUCCUAGGAUUCUUCAUGCUGCCGGAUGUACCCAACAAUCCCAACCCUAGGGCGUUCUGGUUCAAGAAGAUUGACCAGGAGCUUGCCAUGGAGCGACUAGCUCGUCACGGAAGAGCUGAACCAAAGAAGUUGUCCUGGGCUGGGACCAAGCGUGCAUUCUCCGGCUGGACAUUGUACUUUAUCGCAGCAUUAUACAUUGCCACUGUGCACGCUCAAGGAGGCUACCAAUACUUCAAUCUCUUUUUGAAGUCCCUCACCAACCCGGAUGGCUCAAAGCGAUGGUCCACUGAAGAAAUCAACGUCAUACCCAUCGCGGGUGGCGGUAUCGCCGUAGCCUUCGUCUGGAUCUGGGCCAUCCUCUCCGAUACACUCCGCACCCGUCACACCCUCAUCAUCGCCCAAUCUCUCAUCGGCCUGAUCCCCGCCAUCACAAUGACACUCUGGACACGCAACCCCUCUAGCGUACCCAUCUCAGCCGCCUAUGCCAGCUACUUCAUCUCCCACCUCUCCUUGGGCACGGCACCACUAAUCUUUUCCUGGCUAUCAGAACUGAUACCCCAAGAUCCUGAAGCUAGAUCACUGAUUGUAGGCACUAGCGUGGCUGGCUACUAUGCAGUGUCAGCAUGGAGUGGAAUUCUGAUUUGGCCGGCCAAGGAAGCACCGUAUUAUAGAUGUGGAUGGCAGACUGCGUUGAGUUUGUGGCUUGUUGUCAUAUGCAUGACUUGUGUGUUGAGGUUUGUGGAUGUUAGGUAUCUGAUGCCGAAGAGGAAGCUGUUCGCGGAGACUUUGCAUGGGGAUGCGGUGCAGGAGGAGAGUGAAGAUGCUGCUUCUGAGCAUGGGGACGGAGAUAGUUUGAAGGGCCGGGAUGUUGGUGUGGCAGUCAGCAGGGUUUAG